AUGCGCAAUACCCUUAUAUUCGCUGGCAAUUCUUGUCCAGUUCUCACUGGCCAAAUAUGCGAAAAUCUGGGCAUGACUCCCGCUGAUGCGGAGCUAACACAAUUCUCCAACGGGGAGACAAGUGUCAGGAUCUUGACGAGUGUACGAGAGAAAGAUGUGUUUGUGGUGCAGUCGGGAAGCCCCAAGAUCAAUGAUUCCAUAAUGGAACUGCUCAUCAUGAUCUCAGCUUGCAAAGGAGGCUCCGCGAACAAAAUCACAGCUGUUCUCCCAUACUUCCCAUAUAGCCGGCAAUCGAAGAAAAAGGCCCACCGUGGCGCGAUCACUGCACGAAUGCUAGCCAACCUGCUCGGCGUUGCAGGAGUGAAGCAUGUGAUCACGGUAGACUUACAUGCUUCACAAAUGCAAGGGUUUUUCAAAUGUCCAGUGGACAAUCUUCAUGCCGAGCCUAUAAUUGCGAAAUGGAUUCGGCGGAACGUCCACAAUUGGCGAGAAGCAGUUGUGGUAUCAAAGAAUGCUGGAGGGACAAAACGGGUCACGUCACUCGCUGAUGCUCUGAAGCUCAAUUUCGGCAUGGUUACCACAGACCGGAAAAGAGGGACCAAUAUGACAGCGAGCAUGAUUAUGAAUCAUCUUGAUGGUGUUGACAGGCAGCCUGCGCUUGAAACUGCCAUGGGGACUGACAUCUCCCCCCCUGGUGGAGGCUCCCAAGAUGGCGCCAUACAACAUGUUCCGGCGCAAAUAUUUGGAACAUCAUUGACGGAUGCCACCGGAUCUCCCACUCGUCAUGCUGAACGACGGGAGAAGAUACCUGAGAUACAGAGUAAGGCAAGUGGCGGUAGCGGCUCACCAGCUUCCCGCAGCACUCCGGAAUUGCAAUCCACUCAUGAGCAAGUUUUUGAUGACCGCCGAGCGCAUGAAGUCAUACAUGGCCGCUUGAUCCGAGGCCAUGUCGUCGAAGAUGACUUCAACUCACCUGCGAUGUCAACGACUGGGAACAGCUUACAAGAGGAGGAUCCUAUGACUUUAUCGCACGCCUCGUCUUUCUUUGUUCCAGAGGGCCAAGUCCUAGGCGGAGGAGGUGAUCCAGCAGCAAGUUCUGACGAAGAAGACAAUGCGUUUCAGGACACCAAGGCUGAGCACAUGAUUACCCUAGUUGGUAAUGUGAGGAACCGGACCGUGUUUAUCGUCGAUGACAUGAUUGACAAGCCGGGCUCCUGGAUUGCCGCCGCCGAAACGGUAGUAAAGAAAGGAGGAGCUAAAAAGGUUUUCUGCAUUGCCACGCAUGGUGUAUUUGGUGCAGAUUGUCUGGAGCAGCUUCAGGCAUGCGAGUGCAUCGACACGAUACUCGUCACAAACAGCUUUCCAAUCAACCAAGAUCGCGCGAGGAAUAUUAGCAAGCUUGUUGUUCUCGACUUGUCGUUUCUUCUGUCAGAGGCUAUUAGGCGUAAUCAUUACGGCGAAUCCAUUUCGCCACUGUUCCAACACACCGGGGACUGA